ACAGGAAGGAAACUCCCACUUUCUGAUCUGUGGAAAGUGAAACCGCUGUGUGCAGAAGCCAUGGCUGACACCCCCGAGAGCACCGUCCGGGCUCUCUGCGAGGAAUCCACUUGCCCCAUCUGCCUGGAUUAUUUCAGGGAUCCCGUGAUCAUUACAGAAUGUGGGCACAAUUUCUGCCGAGCCUGCCUGAGCCAGAGCGGGGGGGAAUCAGACACAGAGGCCUCCUGCCCCCACUGCAGGGGGACCUUCCAGAACAGCAACCUCCAGCCCAAUCGGCACCUGGCCAGGAUUGUGGAAAUCGCCAGAAAAUUAAGGGAGCAGGCUGUCAAAGGGGCUGAAGGGAAGGUGCAACUCUGUGAGAAGCACCAGGAGCCCCUGAAACUCUUCUGCAAGGACCACAAAGCCCCCAUCUGCCUGGUGUGUGACAAAGCGAAGGAGCAUGAAGGUCACAAGGUGGUUCCCCUGGAGGAGGCGUCCCAGGAGUACCAGGAUGUGAGAAGCACCUUGCAGAGGAGUGAGAAGGAGCCCUGUGAGAUCCCAGCGGCUUUCCCUCUGGAGCUGAAACGGAGGAUCUGGUACUUCUCUGAUAGAAAGCCUGAUCUGGAGGGAUGGAGGAAGCAAUUUCCUGGAGUCAUGAAUUAUUCAGAAGGGCUCCAAACCAAAAGGAUUCCAGGGGGAAAGGACGACCUGCUGAGCUUCAAGGAGGGCAUUGCUUCUUGGCAGCUGCUGGAAGCCAUGGCUGCCACCAGCGGGAGCACCAUCCAGCUUCUCUGCGAGGAAUCCUCUUGCUCCAUCUGCCUGGACUAUUUCAGGGAUCCUGUGAUCAUUACCGAGUGUGGGCACAAUUUCUGCCAGGCCUGCCUGAACGAGAGCAGGGGGGAAUCAGACACGGAGGCCUCCUGCCCCCAGUGCAGGGGGACCUUCCAGAAGAGGAACCUCCGGCCCAAUUGGCAGCUGGCCAACUUUGUGGAAAUCGCCAGGAAAUUAGGGGAGAAGGGGGUCAAGGAGGCCGAAGGGAAGGGGCGAGUCUGUGAGAAGCACCAGGAGCCCCUGAAGCUCUUCUGCAGGGACCACAAAGCCCCCAUCUGCCUGGUGUGUGACAGAUCUGAGGAGCACGAAGGCCACCAGGUGGUUCCCCUGGAGGAGGCAUCCCAGGAGUACCAGGAUCUGCUCUAUCGUCACCUGGAGAGUCUGAGGAAAGAGAGAGGAAGUAUUUUGGCAUGUAAAGCAGAGGCAGAAUGGGAAAAGCAGAAGCUGCUUGAACAAAUGAUGGCAGAGCGGGAGGACAUGGUGGCUCAGUUCAGGCGACUGCAUCAGUUCCUGGAAGAGCAAGAGAAGCGUCACCUGGCCCAGGUGGACGAGCUGCAGGAGGAGAUUGCCAGGAAAGCGGAGGACCACCUGGCCUGGCUUUCCAAGGAACUCUCUUCCCUUGAAGGCAUCAUGCGGGAGGUGGAGGAGAAAAGCCAGCAGCUGGCAGCUGAACUCCUGCAGGAUGUGAGAAGCACCUUGCAGAGGUGUGAGAAGGAGCCCUUUGAGAACCCAGUGGCUUUCCCUCCAGAGCUGAAGGAGAGGAUCUGGGACUUCUGGGAUAUAAAUCAUCUUUUGGAGGGAGUCCCAAGGCAAUUCAAAGGUGCCCUGCUCCAGGGAAUGCAGCCAAAGAAAGCCAAUGUGACUCUGGAUCCAGACACUGCUCACCCGAAACUCAUCCUGCCGGAGGAUCGGAAAAGUGUGAGGAUGGGAGAUCAGAGUGCAGAUCUGCCUGACAGUCCAAAGAGAUUCACUUACCAUCCAUUUGUGCUGGGAUGCGAGGGAUUCACAAGAGGCCGGCACUCCUGGGAAGUCCGUGUGGGGAGUCGGGAAGGCUGGGCCGUGGGGGUUGCCAGGGAGUCCGUGAGCAGGAAGAGCGAAGUCUCCUUCUCUCCCAAGGAGGGCUUCUGGGUUUUGCGGAAUUCCCGAGGUACAUACAAAGCUUGCAGCCAUGCCUAUUAUUCCCUGGCCAUGAGUGAAGAGCUGAAGACGCUCUGGGUGUCUCUGAACUGUGAUGCGGGCCGGGUGGCCUUUUAUGACGCUGAUAGAGGGACACUCCUCUACGCCUUCUCCAGGGAAUCAUUUGCCGGAGAGACCCUCUUCCCUUUCUUUUACGUUUAUGGGGAUGCCCUCCUCCAGAUCUGUUCUUAA